AUGACCUCAAGAUGCUCUGGGAUCGACCUGUCUAGCGACGAGGAGGAGGCUGUGCACCCCAACAUAGAUGAGCGGAGCUACAGAGAGUGGAAGAGGAGACAGAGGGAAGAGAGGAGAAAGGGGUUGGAGCGGAGGCUGGAGGAGAUCAACUCCAGCAAGGAGCUUAGCGAAGAACUGGCUGAGGAAAAGAGAGAGAUAGAAAGGAUCUUGAAGCCAUCAUACGUGUGCUUUGAGACGGAGUCGUUCCGAACUCCCUCUGGAGAUGCAGAGAAGGACUACAUCCAGGAGCUGGAGUACCUUAUAGUCCACAACGAGCUCGGCGACUUCAUCGAGCUGAUGGACCGGUGCAAGAUCGACAUGGAGGAGUUCGAGUUUCUUGUCCUCCACAAUCUGGCCGAGCAGAUCAAGGAAGGAAACGAUGCGGGGGGUCUUAUCCUCUCGAAGGUGUCCCUGUAUGUCAAAUAUGCAUUGUCACACGGAAAAGAGUUUCUCCUGAAGCUGCGCGCCCAGCUUACAAAUAAGGAAAGGAAGAGGCAGUUUGAGGAGGACUGCAAGAAGGACUUUCAGGAGACAAAGCAGAUCUUCUUGGAGCAGUUUGGGCCAUAG